CAACCAGUGUCUCUCUGUCUGUGUAGCAUUUCACAUUGUGACAGAGAUUGUGUGUGUGAGAGAGAGAAGAAUGGAAAAAUCUAGGAAGAAAUUUAUUGAUGUGAUAGAUAAGGCAAUAGUUAUUGGUAAUGCAAUGGAUCGUGAUGAACUGCUUUUUUCUUACAAGGGGGUUCUCUACCCUGUUGCUCUUUGCAGUCCUGAAGUAUUCAGAGCCAUGGAGUCCUUUGAAGCCAGAAGUGAUGAUGUCAUUUUGGCAGGAUAUCCUAAAUCUGGUACAAACUGGGUAGGUCAGAUCUUAAGUGAUCUGGUGGCCACAUUUGAAAAAAAAAGACUUGAAGAAAAAAGUGUUAAUGAUGAAGAGCUAGAAGAAUUUCCAUACCUUGAAAUUGGAGAUACUGAGAAAUAUGAGCGAAUGAAGAAGUUACCUUCUCGAAGAGUUAUAUUAACUCAUCUAUCUCCUGAAAAGCUCCCAAAGUCCAUCUUCAAAAAUAAAGCCAAGAUACUGCUGCUGAUUCGCAAUCCGAAAGAUAUAGCUACAUCAUUUUUCCAUUUUUCCAAUGCCUGGUCGGCUCUACCCUCCUAUGAGACCUGGGAUGAUUUCUUCAUAGCUUUCAUGACAGAGAAAAUGCCCUGGGGAUCCUACUUUAACUACCUUUCUGAAUGGAACAAAUAUGCUGCUGAUGAAAAUGUUAUGACAAUAACAUAUGAAGAACUAAAAGAGAAUCAAACCCUGGGAGUGAAAAACAUUGCCUCUUUCUUUGGGAUUUCCCUGACUGGGGAAGAGCUUCGGAGCGUGAUAGAGAGGAGCAGUUUCCAGUCCAUGAAGGAGAACUCUCUGAAGACCCAUGGGGCUCUGGGCAGCAUGCUCUUUCGCAAAGGUGGUGUAAGCGACUGGAAGAAUCUUUUCAAUGAGGAGCAGAAUGAGAAAAUGGACAAAGUAUUUGAAGAACGCAUAGCAAGAACGAAACUAGGAACAAAGUUAAAGUAUGAAGUGUACUGCAAAGCCUGAAGAAUAACGAAAUAUGGUUUGACCAAUAGCUUUCCACUGUGCUCUUCAAUCUGAAUGAUACACAAUAUAAAGCUAGAUGAAACAAUCAAAAUAUCUUGGAAUCAUUGUGAGAGUCAUAUUGCAGGAACCUUUACAGUGACAACAAUGAAUAGUUGGCUUUUGUUUUAAAUGUGAGAUCUUAUUUGGCUACAUUCAUUUGCUGAAUAUGAUGGUAAAUAACCAUAUCAGGUAAACUUGACAGGCUUGUUACAGUAGCUGCCACCUGAAAGGAAAUGGCCUUUUUUGCUUUCCAGGCAAACUCAGUCAUUCUAGAAAAUUUACAUAGGGUUAUUUAGAAUGUGGAGAAUCUUUUUUUUUUUUCUUCCCAAAAAUGCCUCAGAUCAGGUGAGAUCUCCACAAUUAAGAUCGCUGUCAAAAUACGGAUCUGACAUAGCCUUAAUUAAUGACAAAUAUCUUCCCUGUGACUUCAGCACAAACUGGAUAAAAGCUAGAGGGAGGAUAAUGAAAGGGAAUGACAAUCAUCAUUUUAAGGACUUUAAUCUCUCCAAGUGUAGAAUUUCAAGCUGAAAUUCAGAUUACAGAUUGGUAUUAACAGCCAAGAUCCAAUGAGAAGCACCAUUUUUAUGUAUAAUAAUUCUCUUUGUGGAACACAACAAAAAUCUCAAAUUAAUUUUCUUUCUAAUAUCAUGCACAUUUUCUCUUGGUCCACUGAAAACAAUGUUUCUACCUGCGUAAAGUUUAGUAAAAACAAAAAUCAUGGAGCCAGUGUUUCUUUCUUGUGUUUGAAGAUACUCUUUAAUGUAUACACCUUUGUGCUUCUUCUAAGAACUGCUGUUGUUUUCCCUGCUACAGACAACAAUACAGUAAAAGAGGCAGAGAAUAUAGACCUGAAGAUUAUGUUUCCCACCAUUAAAGCCAGUGGAGUGCUCUUAACCACAGAACUAUACUUAGCAUUCCCUUUUUUCAUUCUUAAUUUAGCAACAGGUCUACAUUUAAGCUUUAAUUGAAAUUAAUGCCUAUAAAUUGAAAUAGAUUAAUUUUCAUAACUGAAAAUUCUCUGAAAAUGCCAAUAUACUUUGUAAGUGGCUCCAAUAAGCAUAGUAUGGGAUUGUUCUUGGGAUGGUGGAAGACAUUACAGUAUUCAGAUAUUUUGUGUCAGCACUGAUAUUUGACACUGCAAACACAAUAUUUCAGACCUGCUCAAGGUCCAUCUGCACUUCAGCCACCUGUUCUGUGAAGAGAAAAAAAAAAAA